GUGCUCAGCUCCAUGCGUACCGAGGGUGACCCGUUGGACCUCCGCUUCAGUCUCAUGCAGCCCUACCAGCUUCUGUCCGUGGAGCUGCCUGAAGGACCCCAACAAGGAUCCCACACCACCACCACCGGGACGUCCUGGGCAGACGCCUGCGUGUACGAGUGUGCCCGUGGCCGCCUCCAUCGUCUCUCGGCGACCCGUAUCCCCCUCUCCUCGCGCCCCGUCUCCUGCUCCCGCCACCCCUCCUCGACCACCCUGCUACUGGGCCUCAGCGACUCCUCUCUGGUCCUCUACGAUGAGAGGAGAGGGGUGUCGCUGCUCGCCCCCUGCCCCAUACCGCCCGUCCUGAUGGCCUGGCACCCUGCAGGGGGGGUGGUGGUGGUGGGGGGAGGCCAAGGGGAGCUGAUGACCCUGGAUGUGGCCUUGGCUCCCCUAGGUAGAAACAACUUUUAUUUUUAAAGGCCAGCACUCACUUUUCCCCCUUUUAUUAGCAUUUUGUAUGUUUUAUUGAAUAGAGGAGAGACAGUGGGAAAGAUGGGUAGAGAGUGUGUCACAAAGGCAGUGGGCCGGAUUCGAACCAAUUCCGACACCGGCAUACAUGUGUGCUGCAGGCGAAUGCACUGACCUCUAGACCACAACAUUCACUUGAAUAUAAGUUGCAAUUGAAGCUUUGUUUUACCAUGUCUUAGUAGACCACGUAGUGUCAAACAUCUCAGCUGGCACCUUCCUCAGUGGGCGUGGUGCAUAUGAGACACACCUGAAUGGCCUUUCUGUAAUAGUCAGACACGGCCCCCAUACAAUGUUGCAGCUUCAUUAUGUUACAAUAUACCUUUAUUUAUACAUAAUAAAAAAAUACUGUCUAUUUUCAAAUAGGGCUUUACGUUUUCUGUAAUUCUUUGUUGUUGAGACAUUUUGUGUGUGAAAUAACACUUUAAAUAAAUGUUUAAUUUGAUUGAUUCAUUAUUUGUAAUGAUUUUGCUCCUCUAGGGUUGACCCUGGUGGGAGAGGACCCAGCCCCAGCCACCACCACUCUGAGGCUGACCCAGCAUCUGCGCUGUCCUGGGGGGCUGGAGGGGCUGCAGUGGGCUGGGGGGACGGGGCUGGAUGGAGGGGGAGAGGGAGUGGAUACACUGAUGCUGGCUUUCCACGGAGGACCACUGGCCGCACUGAGAUUCAGACUG